GAAAUCUUUCUGGUUUUCUACUUAUAGACUGGUCGAUGAUCUCCCUUCUGAGCCUGAGACUUCUCUGCCUCCUCCCGACUCCUUUGAGGCUCCAGAACAUCUCUGUUAAGCAUGACGGACCAGAAGCAGCAGCAGAGGAGUUCCCCCCACAAGGAUUCUCUGACCCAGAGCCAAGAGCCAGAGACUGAUGACUCUUCCAGCUUGAGUCCCAGAAAGGGAAAGAAUGGCUCUCUGAGAAUUGGAAGUUUCAAGAAGACCUUCUCAUGGAAGAACAAAGUGAAUAUGGCAUCUGGUGACCACGUGGUAGAGGAGAAGCCCAUCCGUGGGAGCUUAAAUUUGUUCCUCAGCUCCUUCCAAAAGGUGGAGGAGAAAGAGGAAGACAAAUCUAAGAAGUCAUCUCAACAGGUAUCCCCUGAAAGGGAGCCUCUGGAGGAGGAGUCUGAAGCAGAUUCCUCCAGCAAGACCAAGCCAGCAAAAACAAAGGACCCCCAGCAAGAGAAACAAAGAAACCCUAGCAAGCCUUGCUCUCCCACCCAGAGCCAGACUGGAAGGAAGCUUAGUGUCGACUCCACUAACUCCUGCACUGAGAAGGAGGAGGAUGUUGGUCUUGGGCUAUCCAACUUCAAGAGGACUAUUUUAAGAAAGAGCAAGAGGGAAAGCAGCACUGAGAGCCAGGCAGCUGAGGAAAGUGGCUUUCUUCGAAAGAGCUCACGCUUAUUCAAGUCUUUCAGGAAAAAUGAGGAGGAAGGGACCAGCGGAGCUCCCAGGCUACCAAAGAGAUCCCUCGGGUCCCCUGAUGAAGAACCCUCAGAGAUAACAAUGGAAGUGGAGGACGAAAAGCCCAUCUCUGAGCUCAUUGCUGAACGGCAGCUGCUGAAAGCCUUUUCCCAGCUAAGUCAGCAGGAGGCCAACCUUGUGGAGGACCAUCGCUUGGGGAGGUUCAAGGACGAUCCCACUGCCUAUGUUCGCCACGCCAUGGACAUCUGUCUUCACUAUGACAUGAUGGCGGCCGAGAUCAGGAACAUUGUGGAGGAGACUCUGAGCCGGCCGGGGGUGGACGUGGAGGCUCUGAAGUGUGUGGGGCAGCUGAUUGAGAAGGAGGAGGAGAUUCACCCAGACCUGCCCAACACUGACUUCCUGAGAAAUCCUCGGAAGUGGAGGCACCGGUGGGAGGAGACAGUGAAGAAGAGUGCCCGGGACCGAGUGGGGAAGGUGGGCCAGGGCACCGGGGAAUCGAGCCUGGCCAGCCUCCUUGCGGACCUGGGCAGGGUGGUCAAGCAGGACCUAAUGAAGAUCUGGAAGGAGGUGCAGCGCUGCUACCCCAAGGACUUCCCGGUGUGCAAGACCUAUAAGGAUGGCUUCCACGAAGCCGUGUCUGCCCGGUUUGAGGAGUUCCUGCAGGAGCCUCAGGGCUUUGAGCAGCUUUAUGUGAUCAUGGACUGGGUAGACAAUGUCUACUGCGGCAAGGACUUCCUGGGCCCAAAUAUGACUACAAUGCCAACGCUGCUGUCACCUGAGGUGCGGGAAAAACUAGAAAGUGACUACACCAAGUUACUGGAGACCAGGAUCAACAACUGCUUUGAUAGCAUUCUGAGUCUGGAACUGGACCGGUGGUCAGAAAGGAAGAGUCCCAGUCUGCUUCUAGAUCUCUAUCACUCCUCCAUCUCCAUCGACAUUCACAUGCUAGUUGGGGAGCAUGUGAAAUCAGCCGAGGCCAUCUCCCCGGGGCUGAAGGCUACCACGCUACAGAUCUUGGAGAAGUCAUUGAAUGAAUUCAUCCCCAGGUUUGAAAAGAAGUUCCUGGACUCAGACUCUGUCAAAGACCAGACCCUGCUCCUGCCCUACCUGUGUGCCUACAUCAAUGACUUUCAGGAGCUAAAGACCAACCUACCUGUCAAAUUCACGAGCAGCCUUAAGACUGUGGGAACAACUCUGUCUGAGGUGAUUAACAGGUUCAAAAAGCAAAUGUUGGUCCAUUUGCAUCAAGAAACACAGGUCCUAUUCAAGGAUGUGGGCAACAAGGCUUGGUUGACUACUGACAAGCUACAGCCGAUCAUGGAGAAGGUGGUCCCUUUUGCCAAGCACCUGAAGCACCUGGCUCAACCCCAUAGUCAGGUCCUGGGGAUGGUCCUGGGGAGGGACAUGGAGGGAAUGGGGAGAGGGAACUCAGAUGGAAAAAGCUCGGAAGGAGCCUUGAGGCUGACCUCCACUCUUCUACUCCUCCCUCAGGAGUGUCUGCAGGAAAUGCACUGCUAUGUGAUUCGGGAAUACGUGGCCCAUGUGCUGAAGCCACGAGAGAGGCUUCGAGGAGCAGACCGAGUGGCCAGUGCCCACAAGAUGAGCCAGGAAUCGGAUGCCAUUGGCUGCACCUUUCAAUAUCUGGGCUCGGAAGCUUCUUGGCUGGAUUUGGCGAUCCCCUGCAUCUCAGACAUCCUGAAAGAGAACCACAAAGAGAACAUUAAAAAACAUAUUGAAGCCCUCAUCAGGGGUUACCCGGACAUCAGGCAGGAGCACGUGGCUGCCAUUUUAGCCCUUCGGAACCUGGGACGAAGACAAAACCAGAUCUUUCUUCGUCAUGCUCAGACCCUGCUGAAGAAGGCCCCAAAUCCGUUCUUAGACCACAGACUCUUUGAGGAGAUAGAUGUACCCACAUCUGUGGAAGUGUUCCUCACCUGCAUUUAGAAAUUGGCCUGGAGAAGAGGAAAAGCAGGGCCCGUGAAUUCUUAAAGGUGAAAGAAUGAAGGACUCCCUUGGAGUGGGUUCUUCAUGGAGCUAAGGAUCCCAAAUACUGGGAAGAGGCACAGAGGGAUUCCAGAAAGUACAGGUGUCACUGCCCCCAAGAAUAAAGGGAAAGUGUUAGUUCGGCAACCUUUCUUGACUUUCCUUCUCUCCACUGCAAUAUCCCCCUCUGCUUCCUCUAGAUGGAUGUCCAACUGGUUCGCAGAUUUUCCUCUCUUGCUCCUAACCAGCUGGUUCCGCCCAUUUCUAAGAAAUUAGGAGAUAAACAUAUUCUCUCUUGAGUGGGAAAUUCUGUUUAUGCCUCUUCUCCAAAAAAGGAAUUCUUUCCUUUAAAUAGGAGCCAGGGGAGGUCAAUGCUCAACUCAGACAUGGGAAACACAAAUAGCGGAAUUCUAAGAAGACAAAAUACAAUAGAAUAAACAUUUUUCAAGUGCCCACUAUAUGGCGGAAGAAUGGAGACCCCAGGAGAUUGAAAGUUCAAAGAAGAUUAUGUCCCCAUCUUUGGAGAUCCUUUCAGUCUAGUUAUGAAUUAGAUAUAAACAUAGAUAACUAUAUACAUAAUUAAUUCAAUAUUUAUUAAACCAUACUGUGUACUCUACUGAGCACUGAGGGAAAUAAAAAAGACUAAACCUUUUUAGCUAAGAUGUCCUUGACUUCAUGAAGCUCAUAAUCUAGUAGGGGAGUAAGAUACCAUCAGAAGCUAUAACAUCCAAUAUUACCUAAAUAGUAUUGUUAUGUGUUAUGUGUGAUCCAAUAUGGGAAGUUUAAUGACUGGUGAAAUUAGGGUUGAGACCAAGGGAUUCCUUCCUUUGCAUGUAAGCAGAGCCCUGACAGGAAGGACUGGAAAGAAGGCUCCAGUCCUAGGAUGCCUGUGGAUCCGCCCAGUCAUACCCAAAACUCUUGGGGCUCAGGAAUUGGGGAGUAGGGUGGGGUAGGAUAUGAUAUGAAUGCCUGAAUCAUCCAUCCCCUCUAGGAAGCAGAGAAUUCUUCCCAGUUGUGACAGGGAGAACAACUUCACAUGCUCAAUGUUCUAUAUUUAUUUUUAAAAUAAAAUUGUAUUCUAUGAGAAUUCUUUGAAAAAAUGGUGACUGGAAAGGCAGCCUGCUUUGGAAUUAGGAAAGACCUAAGUUCAAGUUUUGCUUCCAACACUACUCUCUCAAGCUUCCUCCCCACUCAGGCACACAGAGACUGUUGUAAUGCCCUCAAUUUCUCUAACAUCCAUGAAUGUUAAAUCUCCGUGGUUCAGAACUUUAAUAUUCCUCUCUUAGACUAAAAUCUUUCUUAAUUUCUAUCUCACUUUUCUUAAAAACCUAUAAUUCUUUUUAAUCCUAUUGUCUACUUAUAUCCCUCAUCUUACCCACUUUUCAAGUGUAUUACUCCUAUUCUGGAUCAUAGUCCUUCCCUCAAAAUCUUGACCCUGAAAUAGUCAACAAGUUCAGUAACACACUAGGAAAGCCUACCCUUGAUUCCCUGUUCCCCUUUCCCAUCUUUGCCUGUGCCUUUCCAAAACCCACUCUGGGAUAUCCCCACCAUCUUACCCUCUCUGCACCUGUUCAUAAACACCACUGAGGAAAGUCACAUGAUAUUUCUAAGUCCACUACAAAUUAACACUAGCUGAUCAAUCUGGACAGGGCUCUAACCCCUACUUUUGUCUGCCCCACAGAAUCUGUUUCAAACUCUCUCCUUAAGACACCAUCUCUGUCUCUAUUUGCCCCAAUUCUCAUAUUCUAAAGAGGAAAUAAAGGUAAUCCACCUCAAGCUCUUAUUUCUACUUAAUUCUAUACUUCAAAUCCCUUUUUUCUUCAUUUUUGUUUACCUCUCUGAGAAAGAUAUUAACUUUUUCCUGGCCAAGAGCAGCUGUCCUACUUGUGGCCAUCCCUUCACCCCUAUCUCCAUCUUUCAAUCUCUUCCAGGAGUUUGUCCCUGACCACCAUUUCUCUUUCUCUAAUUUUAAAUCUCCUUCUCUGCUGACUAACCCAUCCUCACAUUGCUUUCAUCCUUUAAACACCUGCAUUUGAGCCCGUUUUAACCUUCCAAGUAUCACUUUACAUUUCCUCCUCCUUCCUCUCCCACCCUAUUCACAGACAAACACCUGGAAAAAACCAUGAUGCUCUGUUUCACUUUCUCACUUCUCCCUUUGUAAUUGGGCUUCUAACUUCACAUUUAUUUAUUUUAUUUUAUU